GUGUGCAGCUAGCUACUAGCUAAACAUCCUCGUGGGGAAUCGUCCAGCGGGGACUUCUUCAUGGACAGCAAACAUUUACCUUCAGAGAGGCCUUUCUGCUGCCUGUGACAUUGCAGAGGAAAGAGAGGCUCGGAUGGUCUAUUCUGGAUUCAGCAUGAACAAACUAAGACGAUGGUGGAGCAGUUGGAGGAAGACUUCGUUGACGUGCAAAUUGAUUUCCAAGCAGUGUCUUCCAGCACCUUUGAAGUCACUGGCCUCGUUGGGCACAAUGUGACUCUGCCCUGUAGGUAUGACCCCAAAACUCACGGCGUCCUGAGUUUCUGUUGGGGGCGAGGUAAUCUGCCCAAUUCCCAAUGCUCCAGAACCAUCCUUUCCUCUGAGGAUGGAACUGUGCUGAUCUUGAAGUCCUCCAGGCACCAGCUACGGGGCAGCUUGUUGGACGGAGAUGUGUCGCUGACCAUCCUUGACGCUCAGUGGAGUGAUGCCGGUGUGUAUGGCUGCAGGGUCGAGAUCCCAGGGUGGUUCAAUGACCUGAAAGUCAACACAAACCUGCUCAUGAAGGAAGCUCCUGUGGAACAACCAGUAACUCCGGACUGGAGACCUACUUUUGGUGUGAGACAAGAAACAUUGACAAUAUUUAGUUCUUCUACUGAAAAUGAGGAAGUUCAUUUUCUAGCAUUGGAUGUAACUGGAAUUCUAUCAACUGAGGAAAAACUCAAGGCCUUCCUGGAGGUUGGGAACAUUGGCAGAGUGGCAGCUCUUUUCUUCUUCGCUAUCAUCAUUAUCCUCGUCUUUGCUUUUGGGAGAAGACUUCUGCCAAAGAGGAAACUUCAAGAUGUCAACAUCUCAACUGCUGAGAACAUUUAUGAAGUGCUAUAAUGUUUUCCAUGUGCAAAAUUGAUUAACAUGAUGAGGACAAAGGCGUCUCUAAAUAACUGCUUGCUGAAUGUGUGUGCUUGUCAUGGGUUUACUCUUUCCACCUCUUCAGCUUUAGAAUGAAACCCUUUGAAGCCCUCUUCACAGUAAAGCAGCUUAUAGUUCUCAGAUUGCUCUGAAAAAAGGCAAAUGUGUGACUGAGAAAAUGCAAAAAUAUCCUGAAGAUUAAUCAAUUUGCUGUUUGUCUGGCAAAAUGAAUUGCACGGGUCUUAAAAGCGUGCGGAUGGUUUAUACGUGUGGACACAAUGCCACCUAUUGGAUUUACUGCAAUAUUAUCAAGAUGAUAUAUUUCUGCUAAAAUGUCUAAUCCUAUUCAAAUGUUUUUGGAGAAAGUUGGAUUUAAUUUGAUAUAUUGCAAAACAGUUGAAUAAAUUGUAUUAUAAAAGUA